AUGAUAGCCAAGAAGUGUCAAAGAAGACAGAAAAGUCAGAAGAAACCAAGACAUCUUGGACCACUAGAUGAUUCCUGGCAGGAAAGGCUGGCUGAUGUUGUGACGCCACUCUGGAGGCUGAGCUAUGAAGAACAGCUCAAGGUGAAAUUUGAAGCUCAGAAGAAAAUUUUACAGAGACUAGAAUCUUACCUACAGAUGCUCAAUGGAGUCAAUGUGACAACAGCUGCACCCAGAUCUGAGGGGCUCUGUUGUUUCCUCCAUCCUAUUAUACCUUCUUACUACAAAGUAUUCCUUCGACAGUCCCCAUUGGAGCCCUGCCUUCUGUUUCCUGAAGGUGGGUACUGGCGUGAGCUCAUAGCCCACACCAAUAGCCAAGGGCACACAAUGGCCAUCAUCACUUUCCAUCCCCAGGAAUUAAGGCAGGAGGAGCUCUGUGUUGAGAAGGAGAGUGUAAAGAAGUUUUUCACCAAAGGGUCAGGAGCAGUCUGUGACUUGACAUCACUUUACUUCCAGGAAAGUGCUAUGACCCGUUGCAGCCAUCAGCAGUCCCCCUACCAGCUCCUAUUUGGGGAGCCCCACAUCUUUGAAGAUCUCCUGGGGUUGAAGAUCCGCAUCUCUCCAGAUGCCUUUUUCCAGGUUAACACGGCUCGUGCAGAGAUGCUGUAUCGGACUGUGGGGGAGCUGAGUGGAGUGAACUCUAACACCAUCCUCCUUGACAUCUGCUGUGUAACUGGUGUGAUCGGCCUCUCUCUGGCUCAGUAUACCUCCCAGGUCCUUGGGAUUGAGUUGAUGGAGCAAGCGGUAGAGGAUGCCAGGUGGACUGCAGCCUUCAGUGGCAUCACCAACUGUGAAUUCCACACCGGUCGAGCAGAGAAGAUUUUGCCACAGCUACUAAAGUCAAAGGAAGAUGGGCAGUUAAUUGUUGCUGUAGUGAACCCAGCCCGGGCGGGACUGCAUUACCAGGUGGUUCAAGCCAUUCGAAACUGCAGGGCCAUCCGCAUACUAGCUUUUGUUUCCUGCAAGCCCCAUGGUGAAACCACAAGGAACAUCAUUGAGUUGUGCUGUCCUCCAAACUCUGCUAAGAAGCUCCUUGGCAAGCGUUUCGUCCUAAGGCAAGCUGUGCCUGUGGAUCUGUUCCCCCACACCCCGCACUGUGAGCUGGUGCUUCUCUUCACUCGAUAA